AGGUGUCAUCCCUGAUAAUGAAAAUGCCAAAAGUUUUAUGGAUGCCAUAGGAGAAAAAUUUGUUGAGUCUGAUAAAGUCGAAACUGGGGAUCUGAUGGAUAAAUUGAUGAGCAUGAGAUAUGAUCGCACAAAUGGUGUUAGGGAGCAUGUCAUGAAAAUGAUAAAUAUAUCAUCUAAACUAAAGGCUCUUGACAUUCCCAUUGUGGAGCCUUUUCUAGUCUAUCAUGUUUUGAAUAGCCUUCCUAGCAAGUUUAAUCAGCUUAAGGUUGCUUACAAUGCUCAGCGGGAUAAAUGGAAUUUGAAUGACCUCAUAGCAGUGUGUGCCCAAGAAGAGUAUAGGAUGCACCGUGAAACUGUUGAAACUAUACAACUAGCUUUUCAACCAUCACAGAAUAAUGGGCCUUCUCAUAAUCAUAAAUCUUAGUUUCAUAAGGGUAAUAAGUCCAAUCGAAGUCAGCAGAAUAAUAAUUUUAGUGGUCCCAAAGCAGUUAUAAAGAAAAAUGAUCAAUGCAACUUCUGUAAAAAGAAGGGUCAUUGGCAGAAAGACUGUUUUAAGUUCAAGACUUGUUUGGAAAAGAAGAAGAGUUCUUCAGGGGUUCAUAAGCAAACGGAGGCCAAGAGAGAAUGAAGUAAGCUUGAGCGUUGCAAAUGAAUUCCAAGUGAAGGUUGAAUUCAUAGGAGUAGUGAAGUUAACUUUAGAGUCUGGUUUUUAUCUUGUUUUGGAAAAUACAGUUUAUGUACCGCAGAUGAGACGGAAUUUAAUUUCUAUACCAAAGCUUAAUGCUUGUGAUUUUACAUUUAAUUUUGGUAAUGGAAUGAUUAAGUUAUUUAAUUAUUCUCGUUUGAUUGGGAAUGACAUUUUCUGUGAUGGUUUAUAUAAAUUAUUUUGGCUUCUUUUGGUGAUGUCUCGUGCGUUACAAAUGUAUCAAAGAAAAGGGCUUUAAUUCGUGAAUCAUCCUCUAUGUUGUGGCAUAAGCGAUUGGGUCAUAUUUCUAAGGAUAGAAUGGAAAAAUUAGUAAAAGAUGAGAUACUUCCUUUCUUAGACUUCUCCGAUUUUGACACCUGUAUAGAUUGUAUAAGAGGAAAGUUAACUAAGUCUACGAGGAAGGGUUCGACUAGGAGUAAUGGAAUU